AUGGAAACGGAGAGUAAUACUUUCUUGAAUCAGCUUCGGCUCAAACAUGAGAAUCACGCGAAUGUCUUGAAUCACGUCAGCCAUGAGAAUUCGGACGGCAUUAAAAUAAAAUUGCGAGCAUUGUUGGUAGCGCUUCUUGGGGUGUCCAUGUCGGCAUGCGCUUUCGCGUCCCAACCCGUCGAACUAGAGCUGGACGACGACGAUGUCGCACAGAAACUUAACAACGUCAGCUUUGCUAGACGAAUUACUAAGCCAACAAUUCGACUAGUGAUGGGUUAUGGGAAACUCAGUGCGUUUGUCACCGCAACAACCUCAUUGCUUUUACUGGUGGCUGUAAUGUCUAAACAAUCUUGGUGGCGUCGUGGUGCUCGGUGGCUGGCUGCCCCAGCGCUGCUGGUUGCUGCAUUAGAGACUGCAUCGGAUGCCAGUGAUGCCAUGCUUGCUGCCGUGUUGCGUGGCUCCGCCGAACCCGCGCGGGUCGCCGUACAAACUGCCGCCGCUGCUCUGCUCAUCACCGUCGAAAUACUAGUAUGGUAUUUUAUUGCGAAAUUUUUCGAGUAUAACCCUCCGGCGACAGCCGAGGAACGUGAGAAAGAGAAUCUAAUGAGAGCAAUGCCACAAUAA